AUGAGAAACCCACCGUAUUCACAUAUCAAAUGGAUAAUCCUUGUAUGGGUCAUUGUCAAUUUGAAAGUCUUUGUUAUAGGACGCCCCGCAAUGGGAGCGGGCAAGUAUAUGCAGGAUCUUGAAUAUGUUAAAGGUGUUGGAACUGCUGGGAAUGCAAACAAGAGCUCUUUAGAUGUCAAAGUAGCUCACGGUCCAUCGCUUCCAAAACCAGAUGACCUGCGACCCUCCGUGGAUUUGGGCCCUUCAAAAAGUGGCUCUGGCGCUGUAGAGAUAGCAGGCAGCAUGAGAAAAGGUCGUGUACCGCAUACCCCCAACACACUUCAAACAGGCUCUAAAGAUCUCCAAGUAGCCCACGACUUCUUGUCUACAAAACCAGAUGGUAAUGAAGCUCUCAAUAAAGUCCCUCCUUUCUCUGAUCUUAUAGCUCAAAUCACACGACUCUGUGGCUUUCUAGGUCUUCAAACAUCAAUGUUUUACCUCCGUCCCCAAAUUGGCUCCUGGUUUGCCAAAAUAAGAGGAUUCAUGCGCAAGUUUUGGGGAGCAGAUCCCAGUCUUGCAGAAGCUCCCCACGCAAGUUUCAAAUUCGAGGAAACUCGCGGUUUGGCUGAAAAGGAAAUAAGGGAAGAUCUCCUCAGAUUUACUCCUACUGCAAGGGCCGAAAAGGCAGCUCCCUUGGUUCCUGAAUUAGAUGAAGCUUUCAAGAAUCAAAACAUAAUGCUGUUCAGAGGGCAGAUGGAAGAUAUCAAACCAGUAGAAGUAGCAAAACUUUCACCUGAUAGACUUAUCAGAUACGCAGCAGAUAGGAAUGAAGAUGUGGAAGGUAUGGCCAGAAAUUUAUACAAGGCCUCAGAGAAAUACACCCAGGCUGAACAAAAGGCUUUUUACAAGGCUUCUUUGGGUUAUAGCCAAGUGAUAGACCCUUCAUUGAUCUUGAAUAAGAAGGCUUCGGCCAAAAAAUUCGAGGAGACCAAAAAGAUGAUUCAGGAUAUAGUACAGCAGAAGAUGAAAGAGUCCAACAUCAAAGGAAUAUCAGAGAACGAUAUGACCAUGUCUAUCCGCGAAUCAUUCAUCAACAAAAUUGCAGUCUUGUACCCUGAGGUUGAGAAAGGACUGCAGGAACUGAAGAAAGCUAAAGCAGCUUAUGAACAAGUGUAUGCCGGUACCUAUCAGGCUGCUUAUCAACUAAGCAAUGCUGAUACACUCGAACCACAAGCCUUCACUCAGCUUACCGAUAAACAAUAUGUGGAAAAGGCCGCAUUCUAUGAUAUAAAGGCAUAUCAAAGAUAUGCUCAAUGGUCUGAUGCUGAAAAACGAUUAGAUGACGUUUUAUACGACCAAGAGUUAGUUGCGACAUUGGAGAGAAAGUUUGAGACAGCUACGCAGGAUAAGGAGAUCAACAAAAUUGCAGACCAAUUGAAAGAGGAUUUAAAAGCUAAAGGAAAACCGAUUGAUGGGAAAACUGUGCAUGCAGUAGCUAGAAGUAAAUUCAUCAAAAAACAAGCAUCUCUUGAUCCAUUUUUGCGGCAGUAUGUGUCUCGAAUCAAGAGUACAGAAAAACAAGUUGAAAACACCAAGAAUGCUGCUUUGAGAGGUGCUGAUAGAUAUUACAAAAGUCAUAAGCUUUUGAAAUCCGCAGCCUUGAGGUAUAAGAGUUGGUUCUUCAGGAACAUCAUUCAAAAGUUUUUUAGUUGGCUUUUCAUUGUGUAA